CCUCCAGGAAUUUCAUUGUUAACAAUAAAGUUUCAGGUGUUUGGGAUGACAAAAGAUGACUCCAUUCAGGAGAGAAGGUUUGUAGGGAGGUGCCUUACAAACCCUCAUGCAAAUGGAGUGUUAUUUUCACUGAAAACUAGAAGAUCACAAUCAAAAACCCCGCUGAAUGACACAGCAAUCAUCCCACAUUAAAAGUCCCCCAGAACAUUGUCUUCAGCAUUGUGUAACUAAAGGGAAAGUGUUAUGCAAGGGGGGGAAGAGCCAGAAAGUGAAGCGACUAUAAACAAAAGCUGGGAAGGGAAUGCCACCCUGUGUGCAAACAGGUUUGUGGUUGGGAUUUGGUGUGUUUAUUUGAAUAGAGUGCUGCGCAUUACCAACAUGAAGACACUAGUUUCAGGAUUUAGACAAAUUCUGUUGGAAGCUAUGGAGUCUGAUACAGCUUUGUGCAUGGAAAAUUCCAGAGCAGUGGAAGAGAAGAUAAAAGAGGACUCCAUCGCACAGAUUACUUGCUCAGUCCUGGGGUUCCCCACUGCUGAGCCCAACCUCAGGAAUGAUAUCCUCAGUGUGCAGCAUUUUGGUUCUCCACCAUCCUCCAAGCGCUAUCAGUCUGUCUUGUUAAUGAGUACAAAUUCUGAGUAUAACAACAAAACUGGGAAGCAGACGAAAGUGGGAGAACCGGGCUGCUUCAGCAUGGGAAAGUCAUUGCAUAAUGGUGCUGACACCUCAGCUGGGCAGAUAAUUCAUUCAGAACCUGAGGAACAGGUCAAAGGGCAAAUGUUUUCAGCGAUCACAUCUUCAAAUCUGGCAGAAACACAGACACUUUCGGAGUCCAAUGUAACUGAGUCCAAUAAUGCAGAAGAGAUGCAGUUUUUAAAUGGGAAAUCGUACAAGAAGAAUGGUUUUUUGGGUAGAGCUUUGGAAGUCUGCACUGAAACAAUAAAGGGAGAUUUAUUACACCAAAUUCUUCACGGGCCUUCAGAAGGGAUUUUGAGCUGCACCCCAGAGGAGGUGUAUGCUCGCUUACUCCAGUGUGUCACUAAGCAACAAAUGGAAAUCAGUCGUGCCAAAAGAACUCAGAAACGUUUACAAAUGCUUCUAGCAAAGCAUGUUAUCAAACACUGCGAACAGCAGCUGAAAUGCUUUGUGAAACAUCACCUACAGAGGAUGAAGAUUUUCCAUGAGCCAACCAGAUUUUUGAGCAGUAGCUCCCUCAGGUGCACUGAAGGUUGGCCAGAAAACAACACAACUACUUUGGAGAGUAGUUCAAGUUCGGAUCCACAGAAUGGAGUUAACAUUGCACCAGGUGAAAUCCGGGGAUUUGCACUUCACACUGGAGGGCUGCUAUCUCGUGUGGAGAAGGAUCUGGACUCCGAUGCAACAUGUAGCAGCUCAGAUGAAGAUGGUGAGGAACAGACUGUAAGAACAACUGUGGAAGCCAGCUAUACUUCUGAAUGGAAGUGGCUUGCAGACAGAGCUAGAAUUGGCAGCCGCUGGACAUGGCUUCAAGCCCAGAUUACAGAACUAGAAUACAAAAUCCAACAACUAACUGACCUUCACAGGCAGAUACGUGCCACCAAGGGGAUGGUGAUCUUAGAAGAAUUCCCAUUUCCAAAAGACAUUUUGAAGAAGCAAAUACAAUUGACAGACCAAGAAGCUUUAUUAAACGCCACAGGGAAUUCGCAAGCUGCCAUUGAGAGACAGGAUUCUUUGCCGGAGCAUGACUUUGAAAUGUCACCCAGCAGUCCUACCCUGCUCUUACGAAACAUAGAGAAACAGAGUGCACAACUGAGUGAAAUCAUCAGCAGCCUGAUUGCUCCACUCAAUCUGUCUCCAGCUUCUUCAUCUCUUUCAUCCAAGGCCUGUAGGCAUAGACAGCUGGUCAAUGGCAUCUCCUUCAGAGCUUCGGACAACAGAGAGGUAUCCUCUUCUGGCAGCUGGUUGCUUGAUCAUCAGCACAUCAAGAAAAGAAGAAGAGACAGGACAAGGCUAAGACCUCUCACUGUGGCUAGUGGGAGCACGUCUGCCCGGACAAGGCCACUUCAUAGUUUCCAGAAGAGGAAACUGUACAGAAUGCACGGUGCCUGUCACUGGAAUCAGCAGACUUUGCCAUCUAGAGAUGUCUCCUUUCCAUAUAAAACUCAGUUCCCUUAUAGUGAGUACAGCACAGAAUCUAAAAUACUAGAUUACGUGCAAGAGCUGGACUCCUCCUUCCAUCCAGUCUUAUCAUUCCCUGCAGAUAUUCCUCUUCACAUAUACUUUGAAGCAUUAUUAAAGAAGGAUGACAUCAAAGGAGAACCUGUUGAUACCUCAUCUUCAGGAGGGGAAGUUAAAGCAUCUCCAGAAAAUGACCAUAAUCAGCGUAAUGUUUCUAUCAAGCAAUGGAGCGAUGGCUGUUUAUCUACUUCCAAAUCUCAGUCAGUAUCAGGAACAUCUGACCAGCUGUCAGAAGGCAGAAAGAAAAGACAUCUCAGUGAGACAGCAGUAGGAGAACAUAACACUAGGUUUGAGACAUUCUCCUUUCAACAAGCAGAACCUGAAUCCCACAGCAGUUUUGCUGCCGCGACCAAUGUCAAUGUGAUGUCUAAGCCCUCUCCCAGCACUUCAUCACAGCAUAACUCCAGGAGGAGGUUGAGAAGCGAGAGCUCCUAUGAUAUAGACAACAUCGUUAUUCCAAUGUCUCUGGUGGCACCAUCGAAGUUGGAGAAACUACAGUACAAAGAAAUCCUCACACCAAGCUGGAGAGUUGUUGAAUUUCAACCUUUAGAAAGCUCUCCUACAGAUGAAGAAGAGACAGAAGAUCUGUCAGAUGAAGUGUUUGCCUUACGCCACAGCAAGUAUGAAGAACGAGAGAGAGCAAGGUGGUCGAUGUGGGAGCAGAGCCGCUGGCCCAGGAGGAAUAGCAGGUCUUACAGCAGAAGUGCUGACGGGCGACACAGCCAAGAUUCAGCGCAGAAGGACCAGCACAGCAGCUCCUGCACCUCACUGCACUGUGCUGCUGAGCCUGUGCCCAGCUUGACUUCAGAGGCCCCCAGCUCUGUUUGUUCAGGGACUGCACAACUCUGCAGGGAAAACCAGGAAGCAAAGUCUGGACUGUGGGAACUUCGAGUUUUUCCAUUAAAAGAUGAAGAGGUAGAAGCUUUACUGUGCCAAGAUCAAGUAACGAACCAGACUGAAAUGUCAAGUGCAGCUUUGCCCAGCAACUCUCUCUGUACUUCCUGCACACCCAUUGGGCUGACAGACAAUGGCCAUCCACCAAGGAAACAAUCCACUGAAGAGGCAGAAGACUGCGAAAACACUUGCCUGGGAAUCAGCAAUACAAGAAAACAAAGGUGACAGGGAAUAAUGUGGUUCAUUAAGAAAGCCAAUUAAGGUGGAGAAAAGUGUAAGGUAAAAUCUCUCUUGUUCAGCAUAUGACAGCACAAUUCAAAACCUGUGCGUUAGCCGCAUAUAAUAUAUUUUCUUUCUUGCUUUGUAACAGGCAGGAUUAAUCCCAAAGACAACACUUUCUUCUUCCUGAACCCCAAGAGAAAGUAAUUAUUUCAAGCUGGAAGUCUAAUAUUCCCAAUGUCGGGAGUGGGCGCACAUAAAUUGCUGGCACCAUUCACUUUCUGUUCUCAUAUUGCCACAUUGUUAAUAAUCAUCCUUUUCUGUUUUGUUUUCGAAUGCAUUUCUGGCCCUAGUGGAUUGUGGUGCAGCAGGCGAUGCUGUCUACCUUAACCAACAACUUCAACUGAACACAGAAAAACUACUUGAAAAAACAGUAGGGUCAAGUGAGAGCCUCAGAUUAUUUUCCUGUGUGGUGUGACCACAGGGCAGAAAUCUGCCUUUCGUAAGUGCAUAUGUGUAACCUAUGUGUAAGAUAAGGGUAGGCUGAGAACAGGCAGUUUCAAAGCAGGCAUUCUGGAAGUCUUGCAUCUAGCUUAAAACCUGUACUCAGCCCUCAGUAAUGCCAGGACAUGUUUCAUAUAGGUGUCCUCAAGCAAUGAAAUAGGGAUAGACCACUGCAUUUCAAUAGCCGCUGUAUCUGCUACUCACAAAGUAGGGUUUCUGCUUCAGUCAGGUGGGUAUAGAAAAACAGAAGGAAAGAGGAGUCGAAUCAAAUCAGUGACGCAGCUCUCUGAAUACUGUGGUUUGGAUCAUCUUACUUCCUUAGUCCUCCAGUAGCAAAUGAGGCUCAUAAUAUUUUGCUUUAAUAUGUUAAAGUCUUGUUUCAGUUUCUGUACAGUGCCUUGGAAGAGUCUCGUAAGUAUGCCAACAUUUGGUAACUAGCUGAAAAGGAAAAGAUGAUUGAUGUCUUGUGUCCUGCGUUCAGAGUUACUGGCUGGGCUUAAACCACGACAUCUAGGAUAGAAGACCAAUAAAGAAAAAGACCCCAAAGCUUCCCAUUGUGAUUCCCAGCCAGUUCACAGUGAGGAAACAAAAGCCAAGUUGUUUAAACUUGCAUCUAAAAAGCAUAGCUUGCGAUGUAUCCACAGUCUCAAGAGGUAUUAACAAAGAUUAAACAUUGAAUGUAGGUAUAAUCCAUCAACAGGAAGUUUUUCUGUGUAGGACAGUUGAAGGCAAUUUAAUAGGAGUCUCUGCAGCUGUGCAAAAUUCCUUCCAUGUGUAACAUCUGGAGUGGCACUGGACAGAUGACCCAGUUGUAGUGUCAGUUUCUAUUUUUUGGUCAAAAUGACAGGAAAUAUACACUGGGCAUCUGAAAACAGUUAAGUUUCAACACUACAGCCUAUUGCUACAUUGUAGUUUAUUGCACAUUCUGAUUAUUUUUUUAAACACUUUUUUAACACUGGUUUGUCUUAAACUUGAAUCUUGCCUCAAUGUCUGAUACAAUAAUCUUUGAUGCAAGGUUGGUUUUUUAAUUAAAAGUUAUUUCUAUAUAUGUUG